AUGAAGAUUAUCUCUUGGAAUAUAAGAGGUCUGGGAAGCAAAAGAAAGAGGCUGGUCUUGAAGGAGCAGUUGACUCGUCUUAGGCCGGACAUUGUAAUAUUACAAGAAACUAAGAAACAAGAAAUUGACAGGAGACUAGUGGCCAGCGUGUGGUGCUCUAGAUUCAGGGAUUGGGUGUUUGUUCCUUCGACUGGCAGGUCUGGGGGUAUUGUGAUUAUCUGGAAUACGCAGUUCGUCUCGGUAAUCGAUUCUGAAAUCGCAGAAUUUUCGGUGUCCAUUAAAAUUAGAGGUACCUCGGGGGCAGAUUGGUGGCUUUCUGGUAUUUACGGUCCUUGCCGCCAAAGGGACAGAGGUCGUUUUUGGGUAGAGCUUGCUGCUCUCUAUGGGUUGUGUGGUGAAAACUGGUGCAUUGGAGGGGACUUUAAUGUAGUCAGGUUUGUUUCUGAUAAGUCUAAUGGGGGCGGGGUGACUAGCAGCAUGAGGACCUUCAAUAACUUCAUUAAUGACACAAACCUGCGGGAUCCCCGUCUCCUUAAUGCUUCGUUUACCUGGUCUAACGGUAGAGAAAACGUGGUGUGUAGAAGACUUGAUCGCUUUCUAUUCACCGGAGGUUGGGAAGACUGUUUUCCAAAUUUUAGACAGAAGGCGUUGGUCCGGGUCACUUCUGAUCAUUGUCCUAUUGAGUUGGAUACCUCAAAGCUGAAAUGGGGUCCGGGCCCUUUCCGAUUCGAAAACAUGUGGCUGGAACAUCCGGACUUUAACAGGAACUUUAAGGAUUGGUGGGCGGAAGAGCAUCUGAUUGGGUGGCCGGGUUUUAAUUUCAUGAGGAGGUUGAAAGCCGUAAAGGGGAAACUGAGAGUCUGGAGCAAAGAGGUGUUCGGCGAUGUGGCUGCUACCAAGAAAUUGGCAGAAGCUCGUAUUGUUGAAAUUGAUAGGCUUGAAGGCUUGCCUCCUACUAUUCUUUUUUUAUUUUCAUAA